GAGAGCCUGGGAAGUAGGUUUAGUCAUCAUUCGUCUCCCACAAAAGACUUCAGAUUUGCCUCGCUGUCGGAGAUGCUUCUACCCGAAGCUGAGGUUCGGUUUACAAGCCUCUUAUAACAGGUCUAGAGAUAAGUUUUCCCGCUCACUUGCACGCUUUCUCUUAAACUCGAGAGAGUCGCACGCACACAUGGUUCAAUUACCUUAGUCGAGUGGAGAAAAGUGAAAGCUUCCUAUAGAAUUUGCUCUGCAAUUUACUCUCUCUUGCUCACUGUUUCUUGAGCUUCGUUGUUUGUUAGACAUGUCAAGGAGUUGGAUAGUUAACAGUCGAGCAAUUGCAAAGAAAGUGAGAAAUGUCGCUCAAUCAUCUUCUCAACAGAUCCAAGACUGUGGGGCAAAUUUGAAAUGCCCAAAGUGCCAUUAUUGCAUUCAUAAUAGUGAUGUUUCUCAAGAAUGGCCUGGCCUUCCGGUGGGGGUGAAGUUUGAUCCAUCUGAUGUAGAGCUCCUGGAACAUUUGGCAGCAAAAUGUGGUGUUGGAGACUCAAAGCCUCACAUGUUUAUCGAUGACUUUAUUCCAACACUUGAGGAAGACCAAGGAAUUUGCUAUGCUCAUCCAGAGAAUCUUCCUGGUGCUAAGAAAGAUGGAAGCAGUAUACAUUUCUUUCACAGAACAAUGAAUGCUUAUUCUACUGGUCAAAGGAAACGCCGCAAGAUCCACAAUCAACACAGUUUAACUGAAGAUCAAGUCCGCUGGCACAAAACUGGUAAAACCAAAGCUGUGAUAGAAAAUGGAGUGCAGAAGGGCUUCAAGAAAAUCAUGGUUCUUUAUAAGAACUCAAAGGGCUGCAAGCCAGAUAAGUCCAAUUGGGUCAUGUGUCAGUACCAUCUAGGGGCUGAACAAGAUGAAAAGGAUGGUGAAUACGUGGUUUCUAAAAUUUACUAUCAACAGCAGAAACAAAACAAAAAGACUGAAGAUUGUUCAGGUAUUGAAGAUUUGGAUAAUUUAGCACAUGAAACUGGUCCGAGGACCCCAAAUACAGGCCCUCCCAUUCCUCCACGGCCAGAGAAAUCACUAACAUGUGAUAAUGCUGCUGAUGUUAAUAUACUAACAUCACCUGUGAAGGCACCAGAGCAUAUUGUAGAAGCAUCGACUGCCCCUUUACCUGCUGCUGUUAAGCCUGAGGACCAUCUAGGGAACAUAACAUGGUUGGCAGAGUAUGUUGACUAUCCUGAUUUAGAUUCCAUUGAGGAAUCUUUGAUGUGCAAGGAAAGCACCAUUUCUCCUACUCUCUUAGAGAAUUCAGGAAUUAAUGAUGUCUUAUACACCGAUUCUUUUCUCGACACAAAUAGCAUGAAAGGCGACAACAGUGUACCCUGUGAAAUUUCUGAACUGGCGAACUUAGAACUGGAUACCCCGCCAGAUUUUCAGCUUGAUCUGCUGACAUUUUCUGGGGAAAGUAAUCUUGAUUGGUAAGACCAUUGCUGAAGAACGAUUUUGCAAGCCCUGACAAUAGAUUACCAAGUUAUGUUUUGUCCCCUGGCUGAAGUUGUUUUCUUAACUAACAUCUUCCUCAGCAGCAAAGCAUCAACUUGAUCGAUUUGAGGGAGUUCUCUAUACAAUUCAUGAAUCUAUAGAGUAGUGGCUCUAGCUUUCUGGGAUUUUUAUCAUUUCAACAGUUUGAUUUGAGCAGAAUUGUCCCUGGUGGUUUUUCUGUAGAAGCAUCAGUUGCAGCAUAAUACACAUUGCAUGUUACUGGACCAGUGAGGUGCUCAGAUUCAGAGAUUAAUUUUUUUAUUGUGUUGAUGAACUAAUUGGAACAUGAUAAAUUUUGAUGUCUUGUUACUGACAUACAUAUUUGUUGUUACAUUUGAGGAUUGUUAAGUUAUGAGAAUCAUUUAAAAAUUAAAUAA